CGCUGAACUAACGAGCACGCAAAUACUCCUAUAUCAAUACAAAUUGAAAAAUAGUCUACUGUUCUGGAGGGAGAAGAAAAGGAGGAAGCCGCUCCGCUAACAGUUUCUCAUCACACUUCCGAGAGAAGAGAACCUAUCUCCGCUCGGCUUGGGCGGCGCGGUGUCUCUGAGGUAGCACGUCUGUGACGCCUCUCUCCUAGGCGAGGAUCGAUGCACACUUAUCGUGGCCGUGAAGUCGAGGACUGGUUUGAUGAUUCUGAUUCGGAUGACCACGCCGACGACAACACGGGGGACGACGGGCACCAUGAGCAAGGACCAAGGGACUCCGAUUUGGACCUGGAUGAUGAAGAUCGUGCCUUUAUGAGUCAGUUUCCAGAUACUUGGGGGGCAGCGCCCACAAGAAAAGAAGUAGACAUCCAAGGAAUACAAUGGGAGAGGCUGGCUAUCACACGUGAAAAUUACAGAGAGAUCAGAUUGCAGCAGUACAAAAACUACAAAAACAUUCCUAAUUCUGGAGAAGCAGCAGCCGAGGAAUGCAAACAGAGUGAGAAAGACGGAAUGUAUUACGAAUUCAGAAAAAAUACUAGAUCUGUAAAAUCAACCAUAUUACAUUUCCAGCUGAGAAAUUUAGUAUGGGCGACAUCCAAGCAUGAUGUCUACCUAAUGUCAAAUCACUCAGUCCUUCAUUGGUCUGCAUUGAGUGGUGUGGACACUGAACUUAUGAACGUCCAUGGUCAUGUGGCACCAAAGGAGAAGCACCCAGGAAGUCUAUUAGAGGGUUUUUCUCAGACUAAAGUUAGUACCAUGGCAGUCAAGGACAAUUUGCUGGUGGCUGGCGGAUUUCAAGGGGAGUUAAUCUGCAAGCACCUUGAUCGAGAAGGGAUAAGCUUUUGUUGUCGAACAUCACAUGAUGAUAAUGCUCUUACUAAUGCAAUUGAGAUAUUCAAUACUUCUAGUGGCGCUGUUCAUUUCAUGGCAUCGAGUAAUGACUCUGGGUUAAGAGACUAUGACAUGGAGAGAUUCCAGUUGUGCAAUCACUUUCAAUUUGAUUAUCCAGUGAAUCAUACAUCGCUUAGUCCCGACAGAAAGCUUGUUCUCGCCGUGGGGGACCAUCCUGAUGGUUUACUUGUUGAUGCGAAUUCAGGAGAGACGCUUCAUUCCAUGAAAGGCCAUCAUGACUUCUCGUUCGCAUCAGCCUGGAGCCCUGAUGGACGAACAUUUGCUACCGGGAACCAAGACAAGACAUGCCGAGUCUGGGAUCUGAGAAAUCUGUCGAAAGCCGUCCAUGUACUGAAGGGUAACCUUGGGGCCAUUAGGUCGAUCCACUUCACUUCUGACGGGCAGUUCCUGGCGAUGGCAGAACCGGCGGACUUCGUCCAUAUCUUCGACACCCAGAGCGAUUACAACCAAAGGCAAGAGCUGGACUUCUUUGGCGAGAUAUCUGGGAUCUCCUUCAGCCCGGACAUGGACGCCCUUUUCGUCGGUGUGUGUGAUAGAACGUAUGGCAGCCUCCUCCAGUAUGGUCGUUUACAUAAUAACAACCUGUAGUUCGUGUACCAUAUGGAGCUGUUCCCCGGCAUCUAUUUCCCAGAAGUCUAGAACAUAACUUGUCUGUCUAGAACAUAACUUGUCUGGGUGUUACUCAUUUCUCAGCUGUAUAUAAAUAAAUAUGCAUGUGUGCUUCA